ACUGACUGGCAGCACUGGUGGGUGGCACUGGUGGGUGGCACUGGUGGGCAGCACUGGUGGGUGGCACUGGUAGGCAGCACUGGUGGGUGGGCACUGGUGGGCACAGGUGGGUGGCACUGGUGGGCACAGGUGGGUGGGCACAGGUGGGUGGCACUGCUGGGCACAGGUAGGUGGCACUUCUGGGCACAGGUGUGUGACACUGCAGAGUGGCACAGGUGGGUGCACUGCUGGGCACAGGUGGGUGCACUGCUGGGCACAGGUGGGUGAUCUGCUGGGCACAGGUGGGCGGAGCUAGUGGGCGCACUGCUGGGCACAGGUGGGCGGAACUUGUGGGUGGCACUGCUGGGCACCGAUCAUCAGGGCACUGAUCAUCAGUGCCCUGAUGAUCGGUGCCGAUCCUCGCUCUGACAACUGCCGGUUCUCGGCAGUACUUUCCUCACGAUCUGACAGCGUGAGGAAACGUGUCAUUAGACACCGCUGAUCAC